AUACGUCUCGAUCAACUGAUUACAGCUACUUUUCUUACAAGUAAAUUUAUAAUUUUGAUAACGUUCUACAGAUCGAUACAUUGAAUGAACGAUACUCGAUAUUUGAUAGUCGAUUCUGAUUACUAAUCGAUUGCAAAUUGCGAUCCAUGAAAAAUAAUAACAUUGCUUUGGAUUAGGGUUUUAGGUUAGGUCCCUUUGUAUUUUCAUUUCAGUUUAUUCUGAUAAUAUUUCAAUUGAUUAGUAUUUAUGAAAAAACUAACUGAGUAUUCAUGAUAUGGCGGGUCCAAUGGAAAAAAUACAAGCACUGGAUAGUAUAGAACGUGAUAUAAUAUUAUGUCUCCAAAGUGCAGGUCAAGCUCUGUCAGAACUGGGAAAGGAAAAGUCGAGUUUAAAGCAAGCUGAAGGACAAACACAGCAGUUUUUGAAAACGCUCAGCAGUGUCGAAUCGAAACUCACCGACCAAAUCAACUACCUUACUCAGGUUUCUACAGGGCAGCCGCAUGAGGGCUCCGGUUAUGCGUCGCAGAAGGUGCUGCAGAUGGCGUGGCACCGGCUGGAGCAUGUGCGUAGCAGAGUCAACGACCUUGAGUGGGUGCGCAACAAACACAUGCAAGGCAGGGGCAUGAUCCGCCCCCCCGCCAUCACCGGCCAACACCAGCCGCAACAACAGCAACCUCAACAACAGCAGCAGCAGCAGCAGCCGCAACAACAACAGCCUGCAGUCCCAGGCCAGCCUCCCAGCUGAGUCUAUUAAGAAAGUCGACAAAAGUGUAUCGACAAAGAGCAAUUCAACCGACGUCAUACAUUUGUCAUCAGAUUCAUUCGUUGCUUCUAUUAGAUGAGAUCAUUCUACUGGUGGUUAAAUUUAAUAGUGCACUGGGAGGUAAUGCCAGAAGAAAUUUAAACACUUCUUGAAAAACACUGAUUAUAUUGUCAAAUACUCUCCAUCAUUUUACUUUCAGGGCUAAAUAAUGGAAUAAAGUGGAAUUCACAGUACAGUCGGUGUUUCUCAUCAUGGUAAAGUUCCAUAAUAUAAAAUUUAUUCAACAAAUUUUAUAAAAACUCUCUCAUAUGACGUUAUAAGUGUAAGUCUGUCCAGUGUAUUGUCAACGUAGAAGAGAUUUGUAGAACGAUCGGUUAUGACAGAGAGGAUCAUAUUCAUAAAUGAUUUGAAGAAUUGUCUUAGGUAAUAGUUAGGCUCGUUUUGGUAAACUAGGCUUUAGAGCUAGUCUAAUGAAGCGGGCCAUUCUCUAUCUGACAAGGUAGUUCCAACUACUUUGGCCAACAACUUUGGAUCUUUCACCACUCAAGCUCUGGCUGGUAAGUCAAAUAUCCCCACUCACGUUCCAAAUCGAAGAGAAUCAUCUCUCAUUAUCAUCCGCCUCAUUACCCACGCACAAGCCUAGAGCUCAAGAGGGCAUCACCCUCAGUAAAAAAAAUCGAACCUGAAUAGACGGCUGACCUUGCAAGGUCAGCCAAGUUAGUUGAACAGUUUACCAGACUUCCAGCAGCAUUAGCCCCGCCCACAACAGCCCCAUUCACGUUCCGACGUCGAAUUGAAGGACCUCAAGGUGGACAGUACAUCGCAUAGUGAAUGCCCGAUUAAUUCUGAUUUAUUGGCACCUAGGCAACUAAAGCUUGCUUUGCUAAGACAAUUCUUUGAAUUAUUUAUGAAUAUGGUCAUCUCUGUCAUAACCACAUUUACUGUAUAAGAUUCUAGUUGUCCUGCCAUUCUCAAACUCAAUGAUAAUAAUGUACACAAUAUCAUGUUCACAUUAAUAUGUUAAACUAACCUCAAGCAUCCACUCCAGUCUGACUCAAAGCGCACUUCAUUGCAGUCCGCGUAUAAAGUCACGAUCCAUUCUCAACUACGCCAUGUUGAAUUGUUUUCAAUAGUUUUAAAAAUAAUGAAUAGUGUUCACACAAUAAAACAACUAGUUACAUUUGAAUUUUAAAAACACUUAUGGAGUGAAAAUGCAACUUACAUUGGUAGUGAGGAUCGUUUCGACCUGUUGUACGGUCAUCAUCAGACUGUCUGAAAAAAUAUCACAGUCUUAUACACAGUCUCACAGAAUUAUAGACAGUCAGAUGAUGGUCGUACAACAGGUCGAAACGAUCCUCACUACCAAUGUAAGUGCAUUUUCACUCCAUAAGUGUUUUUAAAAUUGAAGUUAAAUUUUAAUAGUGAAAAAGUAUGGAUAUGCAACAGAGUAACUAGUUACAUUUUGGAACAGGAAUGACUCACUGUUCAAGCGAAAAUUAUGAAACUGCAAACAUGCAAGUUGACGUUGAGGAUCAGCUAGAGCUGGUUAACGUUGCCACCCACAGUCAACGGAUGAUGCCAUUGAAGACGUCUGUAGUGACCAAUAUAAUGCUAUUAGUUCCUCCACAAACUUCCAACAAAUCAAUUAUUGUUAUAAUUAUGUCCUACCUACUGCACCAUGUAAAUUCUUAAUAGUUUUUGUAAUAAUCUAUAGUGUUUCCACAAUAAAAUGAGUUACAUAUUGAAGCAGGAA